CAGGAAUUGGUCUCUCAGCUCUGUGACUGUCUGCAGCCAAGCUGGAACGAGUCUUUUCAUAAGCUCGGAUCUCCCCUGGAAUCUAAAGCUUCCUCAGCCUUCUAAGUCAGCCUGAGAGAACUGCUUCUAAUUUCACCUUGGAAUUCUGUACUUAUAAUUCAGCAUGUCCAACUUCCAGAAUGCCACAUCCUCUUCCAUCAUUUUCCUGCUAACUGGUGUUCCUGGGCUGGAAGCCUUCCACAUCUGGAUCUCCAUUCCCUUCUGCCUUCUCUAUAUAACUGCCCUCUCAGGAAACAGCCUGAUUCUCUUUGCCGUUGUCACUCAGCCCAGCCUCCACGAACCCAUGUAUUAUUUCCUCUCCAUGCUGUCCACUACUGAUCUCGGCUUGUCCAUAUCCACCCUAGUCACCAUGUUGGGUAUAUUCUGGUUCAAUGCCCGGAAGAUCAGCUUUAAUGCCUGCUUGUCACAGAUGUUCUUUAUUAAACUCUUCACUGUCAUGGAAUCCUCAGUGCUGUUGGCCAUGGCCUUUGAUCGUUUUGUAGCCAUCUCUCAUCCUCUCAAGUAUGCAACCAUUUUAACUGACUCCAGAAUAGCUCAAAUUGGAGUAGCAAUUGUCAUCAGGGGGACACUUAUGCUGACACCAAUGGUAGCCCUUCUAAAAAGACUGUCGUACUGCCGCAGCCUCGUGCUACACCACUCUUACUGCUUCCACCCCGAUGUGAUGAAGCUCUCCUGCACAGACACCAAGAUCAACAAUGCAGUGGGGUUGACAGCCAUGAUCUCUACUGUUGGGGUGGACUCAAUCCUCAUCCUCCUUUCUUAUGUUUUGAUCAUUAAGACUGUCCUCGGCAUUGCAUCCCCAGAAGAGAGAAAGAAAGCUUUCAGCACAUGCAUCUCCCAUAUUGGGGCUGUUGGUAUUUUCUAUAUCCCAUUGAUCAGUCUAUCCUUUGUUCACAGAUUUGGAAAACAGGCCCCACCAUAUGUACAUACUAUGGUUGCUAACACCUACCUGCUGAUCCCACCUGUGAUGAACCCCAUCAUUUACAUUGUGAAGACCAAACAGAUACGUAGAGCUGUGAUAAAAAUUCUCCAUUCUAAAGGCAUAUAGAUGCAUAGAAUUCUAGCCACUCUACAUCGAGUCA